CAACAUCCUUCACCAAGACUGAUCUUCAGAACCAUGGAGAAAAAUAUUCAGCUGAGACACACCAUGGCUCAUGAAAAUGUUUUAGUGGAAUUCAGGACUCUUUGGACUCUUCUUUACCUGCUGUGCUUAGGGGUGCGCAGCACCCUCAGUACUCCAGCAUCCCACUUCCCGUGCCCUUCUGGAGACGAGACGGCCACACUGCAGAAAGUGGAAGGAACCACUUUAACUCUCUGUACUGGGAUAACUGGAAUUCAGAGUGAUGUUCAGAUUAUGUGGCUUUAUGGACCUGAGAAAGCAGAGACAAGGAUACUGAACAGUCAGAAUGGAAAAACUGCUACAGAAAUCAGUGAGAAAUUUAAAGAUCGACUGCAGCUAAACAGAACCAAUGGAGAUUUAACCAUCAGGAACAUCAGCAGAAACCUUUCUGGAGUUUAUUUCUUGCAAGUUUUUACUGAACGUGUCUCAUCGAGGACUUUCAGUGUUACUGUUUAUGCUCCAGUAUCAACUCCAGUCCUAAAAACUCAAGGAAAAAAAGGAAGUAGGAUGUGUUCCAUCCUGUGCAAAGUGCAGAAUGGAAAAGAUGUGAAGUUAUCCUGGUACAGAGAGAAUGAGAGAAUCUCUAUCACCAAUAACACAGAUCUCAGUGUUCCCCUCAGUCUCACACUUCAAAUACAACACCAUGACAAUAAUGCUUAUAACUGUGAGGCUGUAAACCCUGUCAGCCGUAAAACAGCUUCUCUCGACAUCGCAGGGCUCUGUUAUAAUAACUCAGGUACAGCUCUGCUUCCUGCCCUGACAUCUGCUACAUUUUUUGUGCUCUUAAUAAUAUUUGUAUCUGUGUGGCUUGGACAAUAAAAGAAAAGACAACAAGGAAGAAAACUCGAUAACAGCAGAUAUUGAAGCAGAGAGUGACUCUGUAGUGUAUUCACAUGCGAAGAGAUUCAAAUUAUUCAAUAAAUCACUAUAAUCUUUAUUAUUUUUAAUUUGAUUGACACUUCAGUUAGCCCUGUGAUGACCUGGCGACUUGUCCAGGGUGUACCCCGCCUUUCGCCCGUAGUCAGCUGGGAUAGGCUCCAGCUUGCCUGCGACUGUAGAACAGGAUAAAGCGGCUACAGAUAAUGAGAUGAGAUGACACUUAAGUUGUUUUACACUGUUGUUCACAAUUCUGAUCCUUUAAAACUAGAUAACAAAUUAUCUUAUAUUGUCCCCAGUAUAACUCGCAUUGAAUUAAGUGUUUUUAUUUGUUUUGUUUUGUGUUUUUUC